UUAGGAAAAAAAAUAAUAAUAAUAAAAUGCUUCUCCCACAGCUUCAGAUCAAAUAGGCAAUAAAAACCCCUUCUGUACGUACCUUCACUCGCUUUUGUGCGGUGUCUUCGUUUUUCCUCUGUUUACAGUGAGAGAUAAAAUACCCGAAUCUAGCGGAAUGGGUCGUCUGGCUUCGGGUCGGGUCCCUGCCAUGGUUGUGUGCUUGCUCCUCUUAUUCUCGUCCGGACACUCUUUCUAUCUUCCUGGAGUUGCCCCGCGCGAUUUUCAAAGAGGGGAUGAACUUCAAGUCAAAGUCAACAAGUUAUCUUCUACCAAGACACAACUCCCGUAUGACUUCUAUUUCUUGAAAUACUGCAAGCCAAAAAAAAUCCAGAAUGUUGCUGAAAACCUGGGAGAGGUUCUUCGAGGUGACCGUAUAGAGAAUUCAGUUUAUGUUUUUCAUAUGAGGGAAGAGCAGUCUUGCAAAGUGGCGUGCAAAGUUCAUCUUGAUGACCAAGCUGCAAAGGACUUCAAGGAAAAAAUUGAUGAUGAAUACAGAGCUAAUAUGAUUUUAGAUAACCUUCCAGUGGCGGUGCUCAGGCAAAGGAGAGAUGGAAUCGUAUCAACAACUUAUGAGCAUGGCUUUCGUGUUGGGUUCAAGGGAAAUUACGAACGGAGCAAGGAGGAGAAAUAUUUUAUUCACAACCAUUUAAGCUUCAGAGUUAUGUAUCACAAAGAUCCCGAAACUGAUUCUGCCAGAAUAGUGGGGUUUGAAGUUUCUCCAGUCAGCAUACUCCAUGAUGAUAAGAACCCCAAUGUCCCUACCUGCAACCAGAACACCAAAAAUUUGGUUCAGGGGAGCACCGUUCCACAAGAAGUGGAUAAAGACAAAGAUAUUGAAAGUGAAAUUAAGUGGGCUUCACGGUGGGAUACCUACCUUUUAAUGAAUGACGAUCAAAUUCACUGGUUUUCAAUCAUAAACUCUUUGAUGAUCGUCCUCUUCCUUUCCGGUAUGGUUGCCAUGAUUAUGAUGAGAACCCUAUACAAAGAUAUCGCCAACUAUAACCAACUGGAAACCCAAGAUGAAGCUCAGGAAGAAACUGGAUGGAAACUUGUUCAUGGGGACAUUUUUCGAGCUCCAGUAAACUCCGGGCUUCUUUGCGUUUAUGUGGGGACUGGAGUUCAGAUCUUUGGAAUGACACUUGUCACGAUGAUAUUCGCUUUGCUGGGCUUUCUCUCUCCUUCCAAUCGUGGUGGGCUCAUGACAGCUAUGGUCUUGUUGUGGGUUUUCAUGGGUAUAUUCGCAGGCUACUCAUCGUCUCGUCUAUAUAAAAUGUUCAAGGGUAACGAAUGGAAAAGAAUCACCUUAAAAACAGCCUUUUUGUUCCCGGGUAUUCUUUUUUCCGUCUUCUUUGUGCUGAAUGCUCUCAUUUGGGGAGAAAAAUCAUCCGGAGCAGUUCCCUUUGGGACAAUGUUUGCCCUCGUUUGUUUAUGGUUUGGAAUAUCUGUGCCGUUGGUUUUUGUCGGUAGCUAUUUGGGUUUCAAAAAGCCGGCUAUUGAAGAUCCUGUCAAGACCAAUAAAAUCCCAAGGCAGAUUCCCGAGCAGGCUUGGUACAUGAAGCCGAUAUUUUCUAUAUUAAUUGGAGGCAUUCUUCCAUUUGGGGCUGUUUUUAUCGAAUUAUUUUUUAUUCUGACGUCCAUCUGGCUGAACCAAUUUUAUUACAUCUUUGGUUUCUUGUUUAUAGUCUUUGUGAUCCUGAUAGUCACAUCUGCAGAGAUUACGGUCGUUUUAUGCUAUUUCCAGUUGUGCAGUGAGGACUAUAACUGGUGGUGGAGAGCGUAUCUCACGGCUGGCUCGUCUGCUUUGUACCUUUUCCUUUACUCGGCUUUUUACUUCUUUACCAAGCUGGAGAUUACUAAGCUGGUGUCGGGUAUUCUGUACUUUGGGUACAUGCUUAUUGCAUCGUAUGCUUUCUUUGUCUUAACGGGGACAAUUGGGUUCUACGCAUGCUUCUGGUUCGUUCGGAAGAUUUAUUCCUCUGUGAAGAUUGAUUGAAAUGUGAAAUAAAUUGCGCGGGAUUUUGGAGAAAUUUGUAGGUUUAUCUUUGGGAUUUUGUACGGUUCGUAGGGAAGUAUGAAAAAUCAGGGUGCCUUUUUGCUUUGCGGGAUUGGGAUUAUUAAGAGCUGAACAGUUGUGUAAAUUUCUCACUGCCUGCUAAAAACAUCAAUUUUCUGUUCUGUUUUAUGUUAAAGGCCCCAACUUGUAUUAGAUGUUCUCACUUUGUUAUUGGGGGUUUGCGUAUACAAAUGUGAUCUUCCUUGAACUGGGAUUUUGAACAAUUUCGACAUAGAGCUAAUUGAAGAGGAACUAUUGGUAUCAGUCAAGUUUUUUUUUUUUUUUAUGUUUUUUAUUAGUUUGUGUUGAGCAGUUUAGUUUAUUUUAUAUUUUCACGAUAAUCGCUGCCAUCUCCUUAAAAGUAUUUUUUAAUUUAAAAUUGUUCUAUUAUAAUCGCUGCUAUCAAAUAUUAGAUUGUUAUUCCAUGAUUAUUGU